AGAGGACUUUCUCUCUGAUGCCUCAGUCGUCCCAUCUGCCCGAACCUGGGCUGGAAGGGCCACCGCCAGGGUCAUGGCUCUUCUGCCCUUAACACACCGCCUGUGUUGGAGAUGUCGCUCACUUCUGUGUCAGGGGGUUGCUUGCCUGCGGGUCUGGAGGGGCCGCUGGCAGUGGGGGUGUGGCCGCUGCAGCCUGCACCCAGCACCUUCCCACGGGCCCCAGCGCCAGGCCUUCCCAGCGAAGCCAUGUCACUCUGGCCUGCAGGGGCCUCUGCCACUGGCCAGAGUGCUACGUGCUGCCACAGCUGUGACGCUCGGUGUGACUGAGGAUCCUACCUGCCUGGCCCCCGUGGUUUCCAGACAUAGACGUGUCCUUGGGACGGUGCAGCACUCAGAACAACAAGUUCUCUCUUUUCUGCACUGGGAAUGCCUCAGUUUUUGGAAGGUGUGCGGGCCAAUGGUGUGAAUGUUUGAACAGGCGGUGCCUGUGCCACGUGGGGGGACCCAUCGGAACGCUGGUCUGUCUGAGAGGUCAAAGCCUGUCCCGUCUGUGUACCCAAGAGAUGCCAAGCUCCCUAAGGGCAGGGGUGUGCGGCCCCCCAUCCUCCCCACCCGAGCCCAGCUCCGUCAGAGCUUGUCCAAAAGCUAAACGCCCUCCGUAGCAGGCCAGGGGUGUCCGGUCCGUGGAGACCAGGGUGGGUGCCGUCAACGAGAAGAGGCGAAGAGACGAGGAGCCCUUUCCAUGUUUCAAAGAGCCAACCCAGGUUGGGCGGGGCGACGGUGCGUUUGGGGGCAGCCUUCCCUGUCAGGUCCCCCCGACCUUCAGAAGAGACGACCAAAGCUGAGUGGACCGCAAGAUCGGAGUGGAGAGAGAGGGCGUGGAGAACAGCCACCACCUGCUCUGAAGGUGGGGAGACAAGGUAAAAGAACCCCCGGAAAUUCCGGGCUGGUCCCGUCACUGCGCCUCCCCAGGUAGGUGCACCCAGGACCACACCCGGCCGGGCCGGCAGCGCAGGUGCCCACAUCUCCGGCCCGUCUUCUCCUUGUAAGCUCCGUGUUUAUUUGCAAGUUAAAAGCACAUUCCUGGCCUUUGAGGAGCCUAUGAAAUGUCUGCAAACAGGAAGCAGUCUAUCAAACGCUCAUGAAUCAUGGCGCCCGUGACGCCGGCCGAGGUCAGAUCAUUACACUAAAUAUAUCGUGAGUAUUAUUAAUGCCCGGGGUCCUCUGCCGUCUUUGUGCCGCGGGACCGCCGUCUGCUGAUCCAGCACCGUGUGGUGGUGGAAGCUUCCGCAGAGCCCCCCCAGCUCGCAGUGGCCGGCAGGUGCUCAGGAAGUGUGACCUGGGCCCAGUGACACACCCCACGCAGGAGCCCAGGCGCCCGGGAGGAUGGCAAACAGGGACAGAAGGGACUGAACUUCAGCAGCCGCCCCUGUGCCUCUGAGAGGAGGCCAUAUUUAUCACGGCGCAUUAUGGAGAGCAGCAAAUGUCACGAAAACCAUUGUUUUUUAAUUUUUUUUCUGGGAGCGUUUGAAUGAGGUGAUUUAUGGUAGUUAUCCAUCUUACGGGCCAUCCGUCAUGUUUUAGUUGCUAGGCAAUCAAACCAGCAGCUGUUUGCUUUGCAUCAAGAUGAAACGUUGUCAGUCACCACACGCAGGUAUGACCUUAGAGGUGGAGCCCCAUGCGUGCUGUGUGCGCCGCCGCCCCCGACCGCCCUGUCGUGGCUGCCGCCGCUGCAGGGGCCUGUCCUCAUCCUGGUCUUGCAGGAAGAAAAGGAACAAAGGAACAGCUUAUGUUCCUGAGGAAGAGUUGAAGGCGGCGGAAAUAGAUGAAGAGCGCGUGGAGGAGGAUGGGCUGUCCCUGGACGUCCAGGACAGCGACUACGUGGGCGGCGAAGACGCCGAGAUCAAAGAGGCCCAGAGCUAUCAGGACUCCCCCGUCAGCACGGCCACCAACCAGGACGCUGGCUACGGGUCUCCUUUCAGCGAGAACAGCGACCAGCUGGCCCAUUUCAAAGGCCCCUCCUCCCGAGAAGACAAGGAGGACCCGCAGGGCCCUGACAGCGUCUCCUACCCCCAGGACAGCUUGGCACAGAUCAAGGCCGUCUAUGCGAACUUGUUUUCGGAGUCCUGCUGGUCCAGCUUAGCGCUGGAUUUGAAGAAGUCCAGUUCUACCAGCAGCAGCAACGAUGCGGGCCCCAAGGAGAGCUCCACCCCCGCCCCCACACCACCCGCCACGGCUGUGGGGACGGCCGGCACCACCGCCAGCACCCCCAGCACCAGCACCAGCACCAGCACCAGCAGUGGGGGAGGCAGCGGCGGCGGCUCGGGCUAUGACUGGCACCAGGCGGCACUGGCCAAGACGCUGCAGCAGACAUCCACGUUCGGGCUGCUGCCCGAGCCCAGCCUGUUCAGCACGGUGCAGCUCUACCGGCAGAACAACAAGCUCUACGGCUCGGUGUUCACGGGCGCCAGCAAGUUCCGCUGCCGGGACUGCAGCGCCGCCUACGACACGCUGGUGGAGCUGACGGUGCACAUGAACGAGACGGGCCACUACCGCGACGACAACAGGGACAAGGACUCCGAGAAGACCAGGCGCUGGUCCAAGCCCCGGAAGCGCUCCCUGAUGGAGAUGGAAGGGAAGGAGGACGCGCAGAAGGUGCUCAAGUGCAUGUACUGCGGCCACUCCUUCGAGUCCCUGCAGGACCUGAGUGUCCACAUGAUCAAGACCAAGCAUUACCAGAAAGUGCCUCUGAAGGAGCCCGUGCCCGCCAUCACCAAACUGGUCCCGUCCACGAAAAAGCGGGCCCUUCAAGACCUGGCGUCCCCGUGCUCCCCCGAGCCAGCCGGGGCCGCCGCAGAGGCCGCCCUGAGCGAGGCGGCCAAGGACCAGAAGGCCGCCAACCCCUAUGUGACCCCCAACAACCGCUACGGCUACCAGAACGGCGCCAGCUACACCUGGCAGUUCGAGGCCCGCAAAGCGCAGAUCCUGAAGUGCAUGGAGUGCGGCAGCUCCCACGACACCCUGCAGCAGCUCACCGCCCACAUGAUGGUCACUGGCCACUUCCUGAAGGUGACCACCUCCGCCUCCAAGAAAGGGAAGCAGCUGGUGCUGGACCCCGUGGUGGAAGAGAAGAUCCAGUCCAUCCCUCUGCCCCCCACCACCCACACCCGCCUGCCCGCCUCCCAUGUCAAAAAGCAGCCCGACUCGCCGGCGGGGUCCACGACCUCGGAGGAGAAGAAGGAGCCAGACAAGGAGAAGGUGCCAGUGGCUGGCGACACGGAGAGGAAGAUCAAGGAGGAGAGCGAGGAUGCGCCCGAGAAGUUCGAGCCCACCGCGCUCUAUCAGUACCUCCGAGAGGAGGACCUGGACGACAGCCCCAAGGGCGGGGUGGACAUCCUCAAGUCGCUGGAGAACACUGUCUCCACUGCCAUCAGCAAAGCCCAGAACGGUGCACCCUCCUGGGGCGGCUACCCCAGCAUCCACGCGGCCUACCAGCUGCCGGGCGCCGUGAAGCCGCUGCCCGCCGUGCAGAGCGUGCAGAUGCAGCCGUCCUACGCCAGCCCCGUGAAGCCGCUGUCCGCGGAGCACACCGCACUGCUGCCCUCCCCGGGGAGCCUCACGCCACCGCCCCACAAGAGCAACGUGUCAGCCAUGGAAGAGCUGGUGGAGAAGGUCACGGGCAAGGUCAGCAUGAAGAAGGAGGAGAAGCCCGCGGAGAAGGACAAGGGCUCGCCGGCUAAGGCCAUGUCCCCUGUGGCCAAAGAGAAUAAGGACUUCCCUCGGACAGAGGACGUCAGCGGCAAGCCCCAGCUGAAGAAGGGCCCCGAGGUGGAGGCGGGCAAGGCCAAAAAGGAGGGCGCGGUGGACACCCACACCCCCAACGGCACCGAGCCUCUCAAAGCCAAAGUCACCAAUGGCUGUAACAACCUGGGCAUCAUCACAGACCACUCGCCAGAGCCCUCGUUCAUCAGCCCACUGAGCGCGCUCCAGUCCAUCAUGAACACGCACCUGGGCAAGGUGUCCAAGCCCGUAAGCCCCUCGCUGGACCCUCUGGCCAUGCUGUACAAAAUCAGCAACAGCAUGCUGGACAAGCCUGUCUACCCCGCCACCCCCGUCAAGCAGGCCGACGCCAUCGACCGAUACUACUACGAGAACAGCGACCAGCCCAUCGACUUGACCAAGGCCAAGAGCAAGCCCCUGGCUCCCGGCGCCGCUGACGUGGUCUCCUCGCCCCUGCGGGAGAGCGCGCUCAUGGACAUCUCCGACAUGGUGAAGAACCUCACGGGCCGCCUCACCCCCAAGUCCUCCACGCCCUCCACGGUGUCCGAGAAGUCGGACGCCGACGCCAGCAGCUUUGAGGAGGCCCUGGACGAGCUGUCCCCCGUCCACAAGAGGAAGGGCCGGCAGUCCAACUGGAACCCCCAGCACCUGCUCAUCCUGCAGGCUCAGUUCGCCUCCAGCCUGCGGGAGACCCCCGACGGGAAGUACAUCCUGUCGGACCUGGGCCCGCAGGAGCGGGUGCACAUCUCCAAGUUCACGGGCCUCUCCAUGACCACCAUCAGCCACUGGCUGGCUAACGUCAAGUACCAGCUGAGGAGGACAGGCGGGACCAAGUUCCUGAAGAGCCUGGACACGGGGCACCCUGUGUUCUUCUGCAACGACUGUGCCUCUCAGUUCAGAACUGCGCCCACGUACAUCAGCCACCUGGAGACGCACCUGGGCUUCAGCUUGAAGGACCUCUCCAAGCUGCCGCUUGGCCAGACUCAGGACCAGCAGGGCGUCCCCAAAGUCCUGGCCGCCAAGGCCUUGGGCCCCGUGGGGGCUGCCGAGGACGACCUGGGUUCCACAUUCCAGUGCAAGCUGUGUAACCGGACUUUCGCGAGCAAGCACGCGGUCAAACUGCACCUGAGCAAGACCCACGGCAAGUCCCCGGAGGACCACCUGAUCUACGUGACGGAGCUGGAGAAGCAGUAGCGUCCCGGCGCCCGCGGGACUGGCACCUUGCACUACACGUCGUCCUCACACUGCACUAGGCCUGGCCUGAGCCUCCGAAAUCAGCCUCCCCGGGGCUGCCGCACAGCCUGCCCGGGCCUUGGGUUUUCUUACACAUAUUUUGUAGCUAUAUUUAUAUGCUCUUUGUCUGAUUGUGCAUGUUAUUUUUCUUUUUCCGUGAGUCGAAGUCUGACCUUUAUUUUCAACAUCUGUUCUCGAUGCUCAGCUAUCUUUUGUAAGUAAUGGUGGGGCACACUCUUCAGAGGCACCGACUUAGCAGGAAAGAGACACACAAAUGACAAUGACGAGAAGACAUGCGGACGUUAACCAAGUUGCUGCGGCCAUGAAGGCCGCGGAGCCUGGCGGUGUCAGAUUUAACCGUUGAGGACUGUAAUUGCAUCUCUGUGCCUUUCACUCAAAAAAAAAACAAAAAAAAAAAAAACCCGAAAAGAAAAAGGCUUAAAGGCAUUUCAUUCAGAUCAAAAGCUGUGUCAGACACAAAACUUAUUUAAUAAUUAAAACAUGAGCUUUUAUAUGCAGAGCUGGUGUGCGAAGGGAAGAUGCAUGCAGCUAUCGAAGACGGAAGGUUUUCUAGGACCGGCAGGGUUAGGAAGCCAGCACUUCACUCGGUCAACACAGAAAAAGAAAACAAACGAAAAAACUGACAGCAACAAACACCCCCGUGGCCACUACGCCCAAACGCUCUGGAUGCUGAAAAAAAAUGCCACUUUGGCAAAAAAAAAAGUAUGCAAGCUAUUAUUUAAAAAAAAAUGUGUAAAGAUGCUAUUCCUUUUUUUUCCUGUAAAAUACUGCGGUUUAUAGUUAUUUACAAAUGUAAGCUUUGGUACCAGCUGACCUUUCUAUAGCGUGCCGCAUUGGUAAGUGAAAAAGAUGGGGCGAAUGUUGGAGUCACUUCCCUUGUAAAUUGCCAGCAUCAGCUUGCAAACUCCUGUAUGUUACAUAUCGUACCAUUUUAAUCUAUUCAACUUUCUUUGUACCUUCUGGCUGUAUGCUUUCUCUUUUAACUUUUUAUAUUGUCAUUUUAUAUUAAAUUUCGGUGUAUAUAAUGUAAAACCACACUUUUUGAAUAAAAUUUAGUUCCCGCAGCUUGAUUUAAAUAGAGAAAUUUUACUCGCAUUUGCAUCUUUCCAGAUGCAUGUAUAUCAGACAAAAAAAAUGAAUAAAUGAAGACAGAGCAAGGCACUAUUAAUUAUACGUUUGAUGUUCCGUCAUUAAUAUUGUACAGUACGUUUGGGUUCACACGAUUCAAUCCACUGUUUCCUCCAUUGUAAAAUAAAUCUUCACGCCGUUCUCGGUUCA